AGCGCGUUCUGUAUAAAUAGUCGGACCUUUUGUUUUGAGCCGUUAGGUUGCUUCCGUGACAAGACGACAAAGACGCACGCAUUUCGCACUCUUCCAGAAAGAACAUUUGUUUCGUAAAGAUGCAGAUUUUUGUGAAGACGCUGACUGGCAAGACCAUCACCCUCGAGGUUGAGCCCAGCGACACCAUUGAGAAUGUGAAAGCUAAAAUCCAAGAUAAGGAAGGCAUUCCUCCUGACCAACAGCGUCUGAUCUUCGCUGGCAAGCAGCUGGAAGAUGGACGCACACUGUCCGACUACAACAUCCAGAAGGAAUCCACCCUCCAUCUUGUCCUGCGUCUGAGAGGUGGUAUGCAGAUUUUCGUCAAGACACUUACUGGCAAGACCAUCACCCUCGAGGUGGAACCAAGCGACACCAUUGAGAACGUGAAGGCCAAGAUCCAGGACAAGGAAGGCAUUCCUCCUGAUCAGCAGCGUCUGAUCUUUGCUGGAAAGCAGCUGGAAGAUGGGCGCACACUGUCUGACUACAACAUCCAGAAGGAGUCCACCCUCCACCUGGUGCUCCGUCUGAGAGGUGGUAUGCAGAUCUUUGUGAAGACCUUGACUGGUAAAACCAUCACCCUCGAGGUUGAGCCCAGUGACACCAUUGAGAAUGUCAAAGCUAAAAUCCAGGACAAGGAAGGCAUUCCUCCUGAUCAGCAGCGUCUGAUCUUUGCUGGAAAGCAGCUGGAAGAUGGGCGCACACUGUCUGACUACAACAUCCAGAAGGAGUCCACCCUCCACUUGGUGCUCCGUCUGAGAGGUGGUAUGCAAAUCUUUGUGAAGACGCUGACUGGCAAGACCAUCACCCUCGAGGUUGAGCCCAGCGACACCAUUGAGAAUGUCAAAGCUAAAAUCCAAGACAAGGAAGGCAUUCCUCCUGACCAGCAGCGUCUGAUUUUUGCCGGCAAACAGCUGGAAGAUGGGCGCACACUGUCCGACUACAACAUCCAGAAGGAGUCCACCCUCCACCUGGUGCUCCGUCUGAGAGGUGGUAUGCAGAUCUUUGUGAAGACCUUGACUGGUAAAACCAUCACCCUCGAGGUUGAGCCCAGCGACACCAUUGAGAACGUGAAGGCCAAGAUCCAGGACAAGGAAGGCAUUCCUCCUGACCAGCAGCGUCUGAUCUUCGCUGGAAAGCAGCUGGAAGAUGGGCGCACGCUGUCCGACUACAACAUCCAGAAGGAAUCUACCCUCCAUCUCGUCCUGCGUCUUCGUGGGGGCAAUUAAUAUGCUCAUGAUGUUUACUAUAUAGGUCUUGAAAGUUAUCAGACCAAUUCCAGUAUCAUUUGUUUCAUCUUAAUCCUUCAAUAAAGUUCUGGCAUUCCUGAA